ACAUCAGCCCUGAGACUCGUGCUAAUGUCAAGUUUGUGCAGGACACUUCCAAGUACUGGUACAAACCGGAGAUCUCCAGGGAGCAGGCCAUCGCACUGCUGAAGGACAGGGAGCCGGGGGCUUUCAUCAUCCGAGACAGCCACUCCUUCCGGGGAGCCUAUGGCCUCGCCAUGAAAGUAGCUUCUCCGCCUCCCACGGUCAUGCAGCAGAACAAGAAAGGAGACAUCACCAACGAGCUGGUGAGGCACUUCCUCAUUGAGACCAGCCCACGGGGUGUGAAACUAAAAGGAUGCCCCAAUGAGCCCAAUUUUGGCUGUCUGUCGGCUCUGGUGUACCAGCACUCCAUCAUGCCCUUGGCGCUGCCCUGCAAGCUGGUCAUUCCUGACCGAGAUCCCAUGGAGGAAAAGAAAGACACUGCAUCGGCCACCAACUCGGCCACGGACCUCCUCAAACAGGGUGCGGCUUGCAACGUCCUCUUCAUCAAUUCGGUGGAGAUGGAGUCGCUGACAGGCCCCCAGGCCAUCACGAAGGCUGUCGCCGAGACGCUAGUGGCCGACCCCACGCCCACUGCUACCAUUGUCCACUUCAAAGUCUCUGCACAAGGCAUCACCUUAACUGACAACCAGAGGAAAUUGUUCUUCCGACGACACUACCCCCUCAACACUGUCACCUUCUGUGACCUGGACCCCCAGGAACGAAAGUGGACUAAAACUGAUGGCAGCGGUCCAGCCAAGCUCUUCGGCUUCGUGGCCAGGAAGCAAGGAAGCACCACAGACAACAUCUGCCACCUCUUUGCCGAGCUGGACCCAGACCAGCCAGCUGCAGCCAUCGUCAACUUUGUCUCCAGGGUCAUGCUUGGCUCCGGCCAGAAAAGAUGAGCUGGCACUUGCGGGUGAUUCUUGAAUUUUGGAGAAGGACUUGGAGCUGAUCCGAGAAGGAGUGUGAGGAAGUGCAUUGUGGGAGAGGGAAGUGAAUCGGGGGGGAAAAGGGUUGGAAUUUUGGAGGAAAACAGCAAACAACAAAAAAAAACCCCAACGAAACCCCUAAAAACUCAACACAAGC